CUUAUUGGUUAGGAAAAGGUAAGCUUAGAGUUAGAGAUGAUGGGUCGUGAAAGAAGAAGCUGUCACAGUGGUACAUACGUCCGUGGCUUCCCCAUAUCUCACGUGCAUACGGAUAACAUAAUAGGAAAAAAGCUCCUAAAAACAGACACAAGCUUUUGUCACCAAUCUCUGAUUUUUUUAGUUCUCUCAUCGGAACGAAUCUUUUAUAUGUUAUGGAUAAUAAUUGAGAAAAUGGAAAGAGUAUGUGAGUUUUGUAAAGCGUUUAGAGCAGUGGUUUAUUGUAUAGCUGAUACAGCAAAUCUUUGUUUAACAUGUGAUGCUAAGGUUCAUUCAGCUAAUUCGCUUUCGGGACGACAUUUACGUACUGUUUUAUGUGAUUCUUGUAAGAAUCAGCCUUGUGUUGUUCGAUGUUUUGACCAUAAAAUGUUUCUUUGCCAUGGAUGUAACGAUAAGUUUCAUGGUGGUGGUUCUUCUGAGCAUCGUAGAAGGGAUUUGAGGUGUUAUACGGGUUGUCCUGCUGCUAAAGAUUUCGCGGUUAUGUGGGAUUUUCGAGUUAUGGAUGAUGAUGAUGAUGUUUCGUUAGAGCAAUGUUUUCGAAUGGUUAAACCUAAGGGACGAUCCGAAAUGAACAAGGUGCAAAGAGAAGGUGGUUUUAUCUUGGAACAGAUUCUUGAAUUGGAGAAGGUUCAGCUGAGAGAAGAGAAUGGUAGUUCUUCUGUGACAGAACAAGCUGAUCCAUCUCCAUUGGAGCUUCCGAAGAAAUCUGAAGAACGGUUAAUUGAUCUUCCGCAGAUCGGAAAAGAGCUGAUUGUUGAUUUUUCACACUUGUCUUCUUCUUCCACACUUGGUGAUUCCUUUUGGGAAUGCAAAAGCCCAUAUAAUAAGAACAAUCAGUUGUGGCAUCAAAAUAUACAAGACAUUGGAGUUUGUGAAGAUACAAUCUGCAGUGACGACGACUUCCAAAUACCGGACAUUGAUCUCACUUUCCGAAACUUUGAAGAGGAAUUUGGAGCUGAUCCAGAGCCAAUUGCAGACAAUAAGAACGUCUUCUUUGUUUCUUCCCUAGACAAAUCACAUGAGAUGAAGACAUUUUCUUCUUCAUUCAAUAACCCCAUAUUUGCACCUAAACCCGCUUCAUCAUCCAUUUCAUUCUCAAGCAGCGAAACCGAUAACCCUUACAAUCACACAGAGGAAGUAAUCUCAUUUUGUUCCCCUCUCUCUAACAAUGCACGUCAAAAGGCCAUCUCAAGGCUCAAGGAAAAGAAGAGAGCACGAGUGGAGGAGAAACAAGCUUAAUAUGGUCCCAAGAAAAUGGCAGAGUAACAAAAUUUCUUGCAUCUCUCUGUUUAUUACCAUGCCUUUGUACAUAAGACACUAAUCUACCACUUCUUGCAUGUAACUGUGAAUCUGAAAUUCAUCACUUGUUGAUUAUUUUGUAAUCACAGACAUGUUUGCAUCAAGUUCACCAGAAUUAACUUUGUAUCAGUCAA